AUGGAGGGGACAAACCUCACCUUAGUGACCGAAUUCCUCCUUAUCGCAUUCACCCAAUGUCCCGAACGGGCGCUCCCUCUCUUCCUCCUGUUUUUGUUUAUCUAUCUCAUCACUUUUUGGGGGAACUUGGGGAUGAUCAUUCUGAUCCACAUGGAUCGCCGGCUCCACACCCCGAUGUGCUUCCUCCUGAGACACCUCUCUUUCAUUGACAUCUGCUACUCGUCUGUCACUGUCCCUCAGAUGAUGGCGGUAUUGCUGGAGCACGGGGCAGCUUUAUCCUACACACGCUGUGCAGCUCAGUUCUUCCUGUUCACCUUCUUCGGUGCCAUCUACUGCUACCUCCUGGCCCUCAUGGCCUACGACCACAUAGAACAGAGGCUGGCUGGGGUUUUGUGGCCGGGGCUUACAACAGAGGCUGGCUGGGGUUUUGUGGCCGGGGCUUACGUGGCUGGCCUCUUCAGCGCCUUGGUGCGGACCGUCUCAACUUUCACCCUCUCCUUCUGUGGAAACAAUGAGAUCGACUUCAUUUUCUGUGACCUCUCUCCUCUCUUAAAGCUGACCUGUGGGGACAGCUACACCCAGGAAGUGGUCAUUAUUGUGUUUGCCAUCUUUGUUCUCCCUGCCUGCAUUGUGGUGAUCUUGGUGUCCUACCUGCUUAUCAUCGUGACUAUUAUGAGGAUCUCCUCGGCUGGAGGCCGGGCCAAGACCUUUUCUACGUUUGCCUCCCACCUCACGGCUGUGUCACUGUUUUUUGGCACCCUCAUCUUCAUGUACCUGCGAGGUAACUCUGGCCAGUCCUCGGGGGAGGAUCGGGUGGUGUCCGUGUUCUACACGACAGUGAUCCCCAUGUUAAACCCCCUCAUC